AUGACUGGCGAUGAAAAACUGGUUGUUUACAACAGUAUCAAGCGGAAAAGAUCGUGGAGCAAGCCAGGUGAACCAGCUCAAACAACAUCAACUGAUAUUCAUCAAAAGAAGUCUGGUGGGAUUACAAAGGAACUUGUCUACUUUGAACUCUUACCACCCAACCGAACGAUCAAUUCUGAUGUCUACAUUGAACAACUAACGAAAUUAAACAAUGCUGUUGAAGAAAAGCGGCCCGAAUUGACAAAUCGAAAAGGUGUGUUUUUUGCUAAUAAAAACCAGAAGUUUUAUGAACGUGGGAUUAUGAUGCUGCCUGAAAGAUGGCAAAAGGUCAUUGAUAAAAAUGGGCAAUACAUUACAGAAUAA